UACAGUGUAUAUAUACUGACUACUAAGACAGACUCACACACACAGCUGCCACCUGACAGAACAAGCAGACUGAAUCAAGAACCAUGAAGGUGCUUGUGGUACUUGUGCUGGCUCUUGUCACAGGUUGCCAAGCCAACUUGUUCUAUGCUGAUGAGCCCAAACCACAGUUGGAACAACUGACUGAUGCUUUCUGGGACUAUGUUGCCAAGGCAACACACACUGCUGAGGACACACUGAAAACAAUUAGAGAGUCUCAACUGGGCCAGGAAGUCAACACUAGACUUACAGAAGGUGCUAAUGUGGCCAGUGAGUAUGCUGUCACUCUCCAGAAACAAGUGAGUCCUCUAGCCCAGGACAUCAUAACCAAAUUUACCAAGGAGGCUGAAGUUCUGAAGGAGCGUCUCGAGCAAGAUCUGACCACUGUGAAGGACAAACUGGAGCCCUAUGCUGAUGGUCUGAAGACCCAAAUUCAGCAGAAAGUGGAGGAGCUGAGAGUAGCUGUGGCUCCUUAUGCUGAGUCCUUUGACUCUGAAGCACUGAAAACCACCGUGCUGCAGAAGACCGAGGAGCUCAGGGGGAGUCUGGAGGAGAAAGUGAAGGAACUGCAGUCCCAGCUGGAGCCCUACACUGAUGAACUCAGACAGAAAGUAGAUCAGCACCUGCAGGAAUUCCAGAAGACCGUGGCCCCUCUGACUGAAGAUCUUCAGGCCAAGGUUGCUGAGAGAGCCACCUUGGUUCAGCAGGGUCUGGCUCCCUAUGCUGAGGACCUGAGGGAGAAACUGGACCCCUAUGCCCAGAACCUGAAGGACCAGCUCACCUCUCUUUAUGAGUCCUUCACCAAGACCAGCUAAAUACUCCAAACACUUCAUUUCACUCACUGGAUUGGGUUUGUACUAAUUUGACAACUGACAACUGUCUUAACAUUUUAAACUAUUUUGCAUAUCAUGCAAACACUAACAUCUCAAACAACAGACUGUGUCAACAAAAAGGAAUGAAAUGCUGUUUAAUCUAGUACUGUUAAGGAGUUAUGUGUUCUUAGUAGAUGUCAUACUUGUUUGUGAUACAUCACUUUCAUUCCUAAUAGUUGUACUACAAUAAAACACCUGGCAAACUGGCAUGAAUAAAGCAAUUGAUUAUUAACA